AUGCCUCGAACACGAGUCGUUAAAAGUACUACGAUUAUUCGAAGUGGUAGUACAAGUUCAGAUUAUCGACUUUGGUUAUGGGCAGUAGUGUUGGGUUGUCUAGCACUUUUAUUUGUUAUCAUUAGUGUCGCUGCACCAGGUUGGCUUGGAAGACAUUUAAUAAAAGACUAUGGAAAAGUACAUCUUACCACAAUAGUAUUAUCUUUCAUGGCAAUAUUUUUCCUUCUACUAGCUAUUAUCUCUACGAUACUUUUUGCUACACGAUUAAUAACAAGUUUUUCAAGUGGGAUUAAACUAUCAGCGAUUAUUCUUUUUACACUCGCUGGUGUCUGCAUCGUUGCUGCUUAUACAAGUUUUUCAGUUCACAUUCCGAACCACUAUAGCUACUAUUUAAUGGUAACGUCGGGUAUUUUUACGUUCAUAUCAGCCAUUAUUGUCUCUUUUUGGCUUGGUCGACAUUGGAUUAUAGUUUGA